AUGUCGGGAUAUGAGCCCACUCACGGACCUGGUGGAAGGAGUGAUGGAAGUGUCAGUCCAUUCUCUAACCCAUCCGGAGAGCAUCCGCCAGGUCAAGGUCCUUCAUUCAAAACCAAUGUUCACCGCCAGAAAACAAAACGCUGGGUAAACGCAAAGUCUUAUGCUUACGACGGUGAUGAUUGGGGCGAUUGUGGUGAUAUAUACGACGAUGAACCUGAACCCGCCAUACCUGCUCUACCAAACCAAGCGGCUGCAGUGCUGCCUCAAAAUACACAAGAAAAUCGGCAGGAAACAGGCGACGAAAGACCUACGCUAGGGAAUUCGGGCGAGCAAGAACCUCCUUCAAAGCAGCUUCCGUUCAUUCGACCUGCUGAUAUAUAUAAACGUAUGCAGGAAGAAAAGCAAAGGAAAAUAGAUGAACAUGAGCUGGAGCAGAAGGAAGCAGACCAGAGCAUUACUCCCUCCCAACCCCUACCACAGCCUAUCCAUGAUACCUCUGGGGACUCACCAGAGGCUGCAGUGACACCAGACCAGAGGGACAGUGCUUUGAGAAUGCAGAAAGCGCCUCAAAACCCUAACGCACAGCAGGUACAUGACCAAAACCGUGAAUUACCUAUAGAUACCCAAGAGAACAAGUCCGGAUCUCCAGAAGAAAAUGCUUCAAUAAGGAAGCCGGAUUCGUCCACAGCACGUCCUGGAAUACAACCUGUGGCUGGGCUUCCAGGUUCACCCACGGGUGCAUCAGGUCUUCAGGACAAGGAAAACGUUCAACCAACUCAAGAGAACCAGGAACAGCAACCUGCAGCGGAUGCCUCUCCCUUACAGCAUAACACAUCUAUUGGAUUCCGCUCUGUGGUCCAUCAAGCCUUCGAUGCGCCUACCCAAACUCCAAGUACUCCGGCGGGCAGUAUACUCAGAUCAGACAGUGGGAGUACCUCUAUUGUUAGCCCAAUAAUCAAACCAAAUACUUCUUCCGUGUUUGAAAAUGGGCGUGGGGUAGCCGCUGACCAAACUCCAACCAUUGUUGAAGAGCCUGCUGAAUUGAAGCCAGGUCACAGGCGGAGCAUGACCCCCCCACCAUAUUCAGGAAAUGCACCUGCUAGAAGACCUGUUGUCGAAUCCGAAGUUGAUCCCGCUGAAUCCCAACUAGGCGACUUGUCCGAAGGACCGGAUGGCCCAUCUGAAGCUUCUCCAGCUGGUGUCCAUGCCGGGCUAGAGUCUAGCUUGGCUUCUCCUACGAAAUCUGAUCCGUCCACUCCCAAAUCGACUACAACACCACAACCAUCGGUUCCAGAGAGUUGGCCAGCGGUUUCUGAACAGAACCCACUACCUACUUCUUCAUCUGGAACUGAGAGCGCUUAUUCAAAUCUCUCGUCCGCUAGGCCUGAUGUUAUCGAAUUGUCAGAGGCUCCUCCAUCAAGCCCUAGGGCCCAUGAUCCUCAUAUGCCAGCAGCUCUUAACGUGGAGACAGACAAGCGCAACUCAGAGAUCAUUGUUAUUGCCCCUUCCCGAGAAAAUAUUUCACCUCCAGCUACCGAGAUCACAUCCCAAGAUUUCAAUGACCGGCUACGGGAUGAAAUUAUCCAGUCCCUGACUCCAAGGGCUUCAAUAGUUAUUCAAGAGGACGUUCAGUCGGCCAAUGCUCCUGGCUCCAGUUUAGAAGCUAACGCCCAAUCUCAGCACAAAAGCAUAAUGAUUCCAAGCAAAUGUGAAAGCUUUUGGAACGAGAGUGGGGACACCUCGUCUGAUAAAACUCAGCCCAUACCACUGUAUACAGCGCCUCAUUCCGAUAUCCUCCCAAAUUCUUCUGGGGUGGAAACAACUCCUGUGGCCGUAAGUUUCCCUGUCCCUGAAACUGGGUCUUCUCCUGUCAAUCAACAAUCGCCUGCUUCCAAGUUGUUUAAACGCUUUUCUUGGGAAGAGCCGUCCGCUGAUGGUAAUGAGGAAUCUCAGCAAUUGUCAAUAAAUCCCGCUACUUCUGAGAAGUCUACACAAUCCCCCUUGGACAGUAGCACACCAACUGGUUCAGAACGGCGGAGCGGAGAUUUUGACCAACAGCCUGAUCAUAGCCCAAAUGAUCCAAAUGGCAGUGAGACAACUCCGAUCCAAAUCCCCACAGAACAAGAGCCCUCGUCCGUCCAGUCCGAUGAUGUUCCGUCCGCUUAUCUUGCAUCCGGGGAUCCUUCUAGCUCCCCUGUGCAAACGACAUCUCAACCCCCAGGGGCGGAAGAUCAUAAAUUACCAACAUUCCGCCAAAUUAUGGCAAUGACUACAACUGCCGAGAAGGUCAAAGCAUUUCAGCAAACAAGAGAGAAGUUUGCUGGAAUGGAUACUGGCCUUGCCGCCUGGAUACAAGCAACAGCCGACUCGUAUCCGGACCAUGCUGGGUUAGUUCAACGCAACGGAACACUUCCUGCAGGAACGACACUCACACACAGGAACACAAUCCCACGAAACAAGUUCCCCAAACUCUCCUCUCUUGGUAGCAUUUCCCUCCAAACUUCCCACCUGGAAGGGUCACCCACGACACCGGGGCAUACAAGACGUGCAUCUGGCAGUCAGCUUGCUGCCAAAAUGCACAGCCAGCAAGUGCAGGCCAAGGGCAAGGAUCUACUGCACAGCGCUGGCGUUCUUGGCGGGAAAGCCGGUGGGGCGGCAAAGGGUCUUUUUGCAAAGGGGAGGAGCAAACUCCGACACAACAGUGGCAGUACUGAUAAGGUAAAUGCCCACGGAGCCCCAACGCAGCCCAGGCCAAACUCCACUCCAAGCUUCGACGGGCUGCAAAGUGUUGCAGGAACCGUCCACGAUGGUCAAGUCUCAAAACUAAACCCUAGAUUGCUAUCGCUCAAACUAGAUCCCUCGACGUUCUCUAGUGAUAUGAGAACUGCGUGGAAAGCGCCUCAGGCAUCUCCCUCUUCCCCUAAAACGGUAAUUGCGGGGCCUGAUUAUGAAACUUUAUCAGAAUCUGGGAAAAGAGUCUCUUACGUGUCGUCUAGUCCUCCGGGCUCUCGUUCUCAGAAAUCCGUUCACAAUGUUGCUAGUAGUGAAACGGGCGGGUGGGAGUCUACGUCUACCGGCAGGGAUCCCUAUACGGCGCGGGAAAGCGAUAGUGAUUUGAAAAUUGAUACCCCCGUGGAGACUGGCAAUAAGCCUCCGUCAACACCAGAAACAGCGAAUGAAGAGGCGCAUGGAGAAUUCCAAGAAGAUACCCAAGAAGUGACCCGAGAAGAUGCUGAUCAAGAACCCCAACCAAUCAGCCCUUCUAUUGGUGGACAAAGUCUACUCAUUUCCGCGGGACUAUCAACUGACCGCAGAGGCUCAUCCACGAAUGUGUCUGAUGAUGAUUCCGGCUCCAUCGGGCCGCCAGUCGAGGAAGCUCGUGCCAUUCAAGUCAUUGGUCGCAAGGCAAAUGUGAUUCAGUCCGAAUUGCGCGCAUUUAGCUCGCGCAUUAUUGAGGUGGGGAGAAGUUGGAAUUCGUCGAAUGGUAGAACGCCUAGAUUGGCUCCGGUUGAUGGGCGGGGAGGUUCUCCGGCUUCGAAUGAACGACAGGGGGAUCCGCUAUCUCCACGUACGACUGCCUCAGUUCCGGUCGAAGGGUACGGAGAACCGCCGGCUUCGCAAACACCUAAAGCAGCUUCGGUUGAAGAGUACGGAGAAUCAGCGCUUCCACAACCGUCUAAAUCUGAUCUGACUGAAGGGCAGGGAGUAUUGCCUUCUCUACAAACAACUUUAUCAGCUCCGGUUAAAGGGCUCGGAGAAUCGCAGCCUCCGCAACCAUCUAAAUCAGCUCUGGUUGAAGAGCCUACAGAAUUGUCCCAUUCACCACCAACUGGUACAAUUGGUCAUGAAUAUUCCAGUUCCUCGCAGUUUCCACCACCAAUAGCGCCAACCCAUGAAAAUGUCGUUCAGAACGUUCAAUCACACACCGCAGAAGGGGAAAAUGUCCACCCAUCUGAGUUGGAGCAGAAUAAGGAUGCGACGCGGGUGGUUUCAUCAGCAAGUCUAGCUUCGGCUAAAGUCGAUGAAAAUGUGCAGAGUGUUUCAACUAAUGCAGAUGAUAUAUCAGUUUCACCAAGAAGCCCACCACCUCAGUCACCAACGGCUACCAAGGCCAAGGCACUACCUUCUUUGCCUGGCCUGUCAAGGGGAUCAUCAGCCGAUGUGCCGGAAGGUCAUGAGCCUCUUGACACAACAACUAUAUCGUCGAAGCAUUCGAGUCGGGCCACGGUGCAUGACCAAACGCAACCAGAAACCGUCAAAUCUGUUCGGGCGCAUGAUAACAUACCAGAUGCGAACGCUGCUGCUCAUCCUGCUGCUAUGCCGGAUUCAACUACCCAACACCAAUUCAGAAAAUAUCAGCCUUGGACCAACAAUUCCAAUGGAACCCUACCUGCUGAAUCCUCCGUUCAGCCACCCUUUCUAACCCGGCAUCCUAGUCAACCUUCCAUCAGUCCCCAAGAACGACUAGCAGAUCAACAGACUAUUCCUAUCACAGAUUCACGCUCAUCGGUUCAGCUCUACCGCGAGUACCUUCCUAGAGGAAAUUACCUAUCAAAGCCAGCAACGUUACAAGAAGAACCGCGUCCAGGCUCGGCCAUCGCAGGUUUUAUGUCCAAGGCACACUUUAGCCGCCAUGCUGAGCGACGCGGGAGCACUACAGGACAAGCUAAUGAGAGAAGCUGGAGCAGUCGCUUUCAGUCAUUUAGGGCCGAUUCUGACAAUUCAAAACCUCGAAGCGUGGCAGCUGCCGAGCCGGUGCCGUGGAAACGUGCUGCGUCGGAUCCCAAUACUGGAUCACCGGGUAACAAGAUGAGGUUUUCCACUAAAUUUUUCCUCGGCCACAGCCGCCUUUCUCAUAUGGACGAUGAACUGAAGAAAAAGAAAUCAAGAGUUGGUGGUUUGUUCAGCCGCCAUUCUAAAACCGCAGACCCCCUUAAGGCAGCCUCAAAUCUGUCGUUUGCUCCAAAUCAGUACGAAGUGGAGAUCACGGCCGGUUCGCAGCCGCAGCCACAUUUAAGCGGACAUCCCAAAACUAUGUUACAAAUACAUGAACAACAGCAAGCUGUCCAACCUCAUAUUCUCACUAACCAAGGACAACAGGCCGACCGCUUAUAUCAAGCUCUCGGUUCUUCGUCAAUUAAGCCUUCUACUGUUGGUGGAAAUGGUCAUCAGGUGUCCCAGCAUGGCGGACUCGGAUUGGUGGCUCCUCAGCCGCCUUCUACCGGACAAGAUACGUCUCCUCGCCGUGGCAGCCAGCCCGGAAAUUCUCAACCAUACACAGGCUAUCUUCAUGUACGCUCUCAGAGCCCAAUGUCUUUCACCCAAUUCCAGAGCCGUUAUGGAGCGAGAACAGAUGGUUCCGUUCCAUUGACUCGAACUGGCACCACUGACAUCGAUCCGACGCAGUAUCCACUCCCAAACUCCGCUGCUAAAUCAACAGUCAUUUCUCCCCAAGCCGAAGGACCACAACAUCCACACCCAAAAAACCAUAGCAAUAGCCAACUGGUGGAUGUGCGUUCCACGAGUCUGGUGCAAAUAUCGAAGACCAGGUCAUCUGCACCAGUCAACGGUACAUUUUCUUCUAAUAAACAUGCCUCCUUAGCACCUAUGCUUGAUUUCUCUACGCAGAUGGAGCCAGUCGAACUCCCCGUCCCUGGGGAUGACUCGAGUGAGGAAAUUGUCAUGUCCAGUACCACAUAUCCUGGCCAGGAGUGGCAGCCAGAGUUCUAUGCAGACGAGUGA